CAAUCGUUCAUAGUUGUUGAUCGCGUUUAUAAACGCGUUUAUUUCGCUGUUAUUUCUUUUAUUUAACACAAGUUUAUUUUAUAUUCCAUAAAAAUGGAAGAUGGUGAAUUUGAUCAAAGGUUGCGUGACUUACAAAGAGAGUACCUCGAGUUCUUGGACGAUGAAGAAGACCAGGGUAUUUACAUGGAAAAGGUGAAGCAGAUGAUAGCGGAUAAGUCGAAACGGCUGGUCGUAAACAUAAAUGACUUGCGGCGCAAGAGCCCGGAGCGCGCGAAGAACUUGUUGGAGAACGCGUUCGAGGAGCAGAUCGCGUUCCAGAAGGCGCUGAAGGAAUACGUGGGGUCAAUGGACCCGACCUACGCCAAGGUGCAGGAGGAGUUCUUCGUGGCCUUCUCGGGCAGCUUCGGCACCAAACAUGUCACACCGAGGAGUUUGACUUCCAGGUACUUAGGUAACCUGAUCUGCGUGGAGGGCAUCGUGACGCGCGUGUCGCUGGUGCACCCCAAGGUGGUGCGCAGCGUGCACUACUGCCCCGCCACCAAGAAGGUCAUGGAGCGCAAGUACACCGACCUCACGUCCUUCGAGGCUUUCCCCACCACUGCCAUAUACCCCACCAAGGAUGACGAGGGCAACCCCCUAGAGACGGAGUACGGGCUGUCGCGCUACAAGGACCACCAGACGCUGACGGUGCAGGAGAUGCCCGAGCGCGCGCCGGCGGGCCAGCUGCCGCGCGCCGUGGACGUGGUGUGCGACGACGACCUGGUGGACCGCUGCAAGCCUGGCGACCGCGUGCAGGUCGUCGGCAACUACCGCUGCCUGCCCAGCAAGCAGGGCAGCUUCACAGCCGGGACGUUCAGAACCAUCUUAAUAGCCAACAAUGUGACCCAGAUCAACAAGGGCAUGGAUCUGGCCAUCACCCUCGACGACAUCAAACUUUGCAAGCGCAUGGCCAAGAGGAAGACGGAAGACAUGUUCGAACUGCUGGCCAAGUCACUGGCUCCUUCCAUCCAUGGCCAUGAGUACAUCAAGAAGGCUAUCCUCUGCUUACUGCUCGGUGGCAUGGAGAAGGUGCUGGCAAAUGGCACCAGGCUACGAGGAGACAUCAACAUCCUGCUGAUCGGCGACCCGUCCGUGGCCAAGUCGCAGUUGCUCCGCUACGUGCUGCUGACGGCGCCGCGGGCGAUCACCACCACCGGCCGAGGCUCCUCCGGCGUGGGUCUGACGGCCGCCGUCACCACCGACCCCGACACGGGCGACCGCAGGCUGGAGGCGGGCGCCAUGGUGCUCGCGGACCGCGGCGUGGUGUGCAUCGACGAGUUCGACAAGAUGUCGGACAUCGACCGCACCGCCAUCCACGAGGUGAUGGAGCAGGGCCGCGUCACCAUCGCCAAGGCGGGCGUGCACGCCGCGCUCAACGCGCGCUGCUCCGUGCUGGCCGCCGCCAACCCCGUCUACGGCCGGUAUGACCAGUACAAGACCCCCAUGGAGAACAUCGGCCUCCAAGACUCGCUGCUCUCUCGCUUCGACCUUCUGUUCGUGAUGCUGGACCUGGCCGACGCCGACCACGACAGCCGCAUCUCCGAGCACGUGCUCCGGAUGCACCGCUACAGAAAUCCGAAAGAGCAAGACGGAGAGGUGCUGCCGAUGGGCUCGUCUGUGGAGAUGCUGUCCACUGACAACCCCGACAACGAUGAGGUCGAGGACGCGCAGGAUUCAAUCUAUGAGAAAUACGACCCGCUGCUGCACGGAAACACGCGCAGCAAGAAGGAGCGCAUCCUCUCCACCAAGUUCAUGCGCAAGUUCCUGCACAUAGCCCGCCUCAUGAAGCCCAAGCUCACGCAGGAGGCCUCCGACGCCAUCGCUGACGAGUACGCCAGGCUGAGGAGUCAGGACACCAUGGACAGUGAUGUUGCCAGGACGCAGCCAGUCACGGCGCGUACGCUGGAGACUCUGAUCCGCCUGGCCACGGCGCACGCCAAGUGUCGCCUCAGCUUCGAGGUCACCGCCGACGACGCGCACUCGGCCAUUGAGCUCGUGCAGUAUGCUUACUUUAAGAAGGUGCUGACGAAAGAGAAGCGUCGCAAGAGGCGCGCGUCCGCCGACGAGGACGAGGAGGAGGCCGAGCCCGGCCAGCCCCGCGCCAAGCGCACCCGCCGCACGAACGGCGCCGCGGGUGAGGAUCCAUACGCGUUCUCGUCCGACGAGGAGGCCGAGCCGGUGCUCCGCGCCGCGCACGACAGCCGGCCCGAGCCCAGCGCUCGCGCCACUCGCUCACAACAGCCUACUUCUAUCGAUGCUAACAGACUGGCGCAGUUCAAGACGGCCCUCCACGAGUUGUUCCGGUCGGAGCGCGCCAACUCGCUGCCGCUGGCGCGCAUCGCCGCCUUCGUCAACGAGAAGUUCUCGCACGCCGAGUUCUCGCCCGGCGAGCUCCACGCCGCCCUCGACCGGAUGACGGCCGACAACCACGUCAUGCUCGCCGACGACAUCGUCUUCCUCAUCUGACCGCAGCCCGCAGUGCUCGCACGCUUAAACC